CUAGUACUAAGAAAAAGAUAAUUCUGUGUCAAUAGAUUUUAUUGGUUUUUAGGUGAAACAGUAGUACACGUAUGAUAGGUGGUUGGGUCUGUGCACAACCACAAACACGUGCGAAAGCUGUUUUUCAUUCCUAAGACUUUUUUUUUUUUUUGGGAUAAAACGAUCAAAUACUUUCAUACAUCCAAAAAAAAAAAAAAAAAACGAGUGUGAAGAUAGAUAGGUUUGGCAACUUUGGUUUGAUAUCUCUGCGCAUUCUGACCCGGGAGCCGACACAUUCCCAUCUCCCCAACCCAGCGCAAUUCAAGCAUUGUCUUGUUGAAUUCAUACCCAUUACUCGCAUAAAAAAAAAAAAAUUAUAAACAUUCUUGAAACAAAUCAUCCGCAACGCCGCUCUCCACCUACUGCAAACGGAUCAUGUCAAAAGUCCACCCAAUGAACCGUCCGAUUCUCCUAGUUGUCCUUUUCCUUUCUUCCUUGACGGUAUAUGAUAACCCAUCGCUGCUGGUCUCCGCCGCCAGCCACGGUGCUUCCAGCGCCUACGAAAUCCUCCAAUCCUAUGACUUUCCCGUGGGCCUCCUCCCUAAAGGCGCCACCGGCUAUGAUCUGGAUGAGCAAACCGGUAAAUUCAAUGCUUACUUUAACAACUCUUGCAGCUUUUCGUUGGAGGGUUCGUAUCAAUUGAAGUAUAAUUCCAAGGUCAGUGGUUACAUAUCCAAGGACAAGCUCUCAAGGCUCACCGGCGUUAGCGUCAAGGUUUUCUUUCUCUGGCUCAACAUUUUGGAGGUUACUCGGAACGGCGAUGACCUUCAGUUUUCCGUUGGGAUUGCCUCCGCAGAUUUCCCAGUUGAUAAUUUCGAUCUUAUUCCGCAGUGUGGGUGCGGAUUGAAUUGCGAUGGGGAAACCAGGAAGAUUCUCAGGAGUCCUUUUGUUUCUUCAAUUUAGCUUUUCGGACCCACCACCACCACGACCACUUGGGAGGUCAUCUCUAAAGGAAUGUGCCGCCGGUCCUAUUGGAUGAACUUCAGUGCGCAGUAUCUGUGAUUCGUGAAAACAGGAUGAACCCUUUUCAGCAUCCGGGGGAAGACAAAUUGCGGUUCCUGUGACUAUUGGUUUAAUUGGAAGGAUCAUUUGGUUAGUAGUUAAAGCAUAUGCUGUAAAUUAGGCUCUGGUUAAUGAUCCCAAGUCUCAAACUGCCUGUCAGAUUCAACACACACACAUGCAAAAAUAACACGCUACUGUUUUAAAAUUUGACAAAUUACUGAAACAAAGAAUAAUGGGUAACCACCUAA